AUGGCUGAGGCGAUAGCUGCCGCCGUAGACCCGGCGGCACGGCCGGCCAAGCUGCAUGGCCGCGCAUUCUACGAUAGUAUUGGGAGCCCCAAGUACAUCGUGGCCCCGAUGGUGGACCAGUCCGAGUUUGCCUGGAGGAUGCUGUCGCGAUCCUUCCUCCCCGAGUCCGAAAGGCCCAACAUCCUCGCCUACUCUCCCAUGCUCCACGCCCGCCUCUUCACCGACGGCCAGAAGUACCGCCUCUCUCACUUCCAGCCCACGCGUUCGUCAAAGUCGCACAUCACCUCCCAGCCACCGGCAGACGCCACCGCCGGCAGCGACCUCUCCGACGACCAGCCGUACCUCGACGGGAACCCGGCCAUCGAUCGGCCCCUCUUCGUACAAUUCUGCGCCAACGACCCUCAGGCCCUCCUCAGCGCAGCGAAGCUCGUCGCCCCACACUGCGACGCCGUGGACCUCAACCUCGGCUGCCCUCAGGGCAUCGCACGCAAGGGCCACUACGGCGCGUUCCUGCAGGAGGACCAGGAGCUCAUCCACAACAUGGUCAAGACGCUACAUGAGAACCUGCCCAUACCCGUGACCGCAAAGAUACGCAUCCUGGAGACCAAAGAGGCGACGCUGGCGUACGCGAAGAACGUCCUGAGCGCGGGGGCCAGCAUCCUGACGGUGCACGGCCGGAGGAGGGAGCAGAAGGGCCACUUGACGGGCAUCGCGGACUGGGAAUAUAUCAGGUACCUGAGGGAGAACCUGCCGCCCGAGACGGUCAUCUUCGCCAACGGCAACGUCCUGCAGCACGGCGACCUCCAGCGGUGCCUGGACGCCACGGGCGCCGACGGCGUCAUGUCCGCCGAGGGCAACCUGAGCGACCCGGCCCUGUUCGCGCCGCCGCCAGGGCCGGGGGCGGAGACGAGGGAGUACUGGCGCGGCAGGGACGGGAGCGGCGGGUGGCGGGUCGACGCGAUCAUGCGGCGGUACCUGGACAUCAUGCACCAGUACGUGCUGGAGCAGGAGCCGCCGGCGAGGCGGCCGCUGUUCGUGCCCGGGGACGACGAGGCCUGGCUCAGGGAGCAGCGGGAGGCGGGCGACGGCGAGGAUGCGCAGGAGCCCGCGAGGAAGAAGCGGAGGAAGGACGGGGGCGGCAAGCCCGGCGCCAAGAUCACGUCCAUCACCGCCGGGCCCAACUUCGUCGGCAUGCAGCCGCACCUGUUCCACCUGCUCCGGCACUUUGUUACGCGCCACCACGACGUGCGGGACGCGCUGGCCAAGUCAAGGCUCGGCGACAUCUCGGUCCACGAGGGCAUCCUGGCCAUGGUCGAGAGGAAGGUCGCCGAGGGACUGCUCGAGUACGAGAGAACAGGCGGCAAGAGCGUCGAGGACGACGGGCGGAAUGGCGCCUACGAGAAGGGCUCGCGGGCCGAGGCCGGGGCGGACGGAAAAAACGAGACUGAGGCAGACGCUGAGGUCGUCGACGACCCGGACAGCUCGAUAGCCACGGUUAAGAGGUGCAAGCGGCCGUGGUGGAUCGCCCAGCCCAUCGUGCGGCCCCUGCCGGCCGAGGCCCUGGCGAAGGGCGCGAUAUCUCUGGGUAAAAAGGACAAGCGCAACCUCGGCGAGGACGCCAGGAAGAAAGCGGACGCGGAGGUGCACACUGCUGCUGCUGCUGCCGCCCCUGCCAUCAAGAUGGGCGAGAAUGGCACUGCCGCCCAGGCGGCAGAGUCCCUGGCGAAGACUACGGACUACCCCGACAGCACUUUGGUUUCUGGAUAA